AGCCCAUUAAGAAAGUGAGUUCAAACGAAAAGUAAGAGAAAGGGAAAAAUGGCGCUGAAAGUCCUUUCAGCCCUAGACUCCGCAAAGACGCAAUUCUACCAUUUCAAGGCGAUCAUCGUCGCCGGAAUGGGGCUCUUCACCGACGCCUACGACCUCUUCUGCCUCCCUCCGAUCAUCAAGCUCCUCGGCCGCAUCUACUACCCCAACCGCGAGGUCCCCGCCGCGGUCAGCUCCGCCAUGGUAGCCGCCGCCCUCCUCGGCGCCGUCGCCGGAAACCUCGUCUUCGGCCACCUCGGUGACCGCAUCGGGCGGCGGCGCGUGUACGGCCUCUCCCUCCUGCUCAUGGUGCUCAGCUCCGUCUCGUGCGGAUUCUCCGCGUGCACGUCCCGGUCGUGCGUGCUGCUCACGCUGGGGAUCUUCCGCUUCGCGCUCGGCGUCGGCAUCGGCGGAGACUACCCGCUCUCCGCCACCAUUAUGUCGGAGUUCGCCAACCGCCGGACGCGCGGCGCCUUCAUCGCGGCGGUCUUCUCGAUGCAGGGCUUCGGGAUCCUGGUGAGCUCCACCGUCACCAUGGUGGUGUGUGCCGCGUUCGACAACGCGACGCGCGCCCCUCCCGACGGCGAGACGCCGCUGGCGGCGGACCUGGCCUGGAGGCUGAUACUCGUGUUCGCGGCGGUGCCGGCGGCGCUGACGUAUUACUGGCGGAUGAUGAUGCCGGAAACGGCCAGGUACACAGCAUUGGUGGAGAGAAACGUGGAGCAGGCGGUGAGGGACAUGCAGAGAGUCCUGGCCGUCUCACUCAGCCAAAUCGCCGAAGAAGAAGAAACCCUCUCUCCCAACACCGCCGCCCCUUCGCGGCCCAAACCCUACCCCCUCCUGUCCUGCGAGUUCCUCCGCCGCCACGGGCGCGACCUCUUCGCCUGCGCCGCCGCGUGGUUCCUGGUGGACGUGGUCUUCUACAGCAGCAACCUCUUCCAAUCGAAGAUCUACGGCCGCUACCUCCCCAAGGCCCCCAUGAACGCCUUUCAGGAAGCCUUCCACGUGGCCAAGCUCCAGGCCAUCAUCGCCGUCUCCUCCACCAUCCCCGGCUACUACGCCGCCGUCUACUUCAUCGACCGAGCGGGGCGGGUCAAGAUCCAGAUGAGCGGCUUCUUCUUCAUGGCGCUGGGCCUCCUCGCCAUCGGAAUCCCUUACCAGAAAUACUGGCGCAACACCACCAACAUGGGGUUCAUGAUCUUGUACAGCUUGACCUUCUUCUUCGCCAACUUCGGCCCCAACACCACCACCUUCAUAGUCCCGGCCGAGCUCUUUCCGGCGAGGUUCCGCUCGACGUGCCACGGUAUCUCCGGGGCCGCCGGGAAGGUUGGGGCGAUUGUGGGGUCGGUGGGGUUCCUGUGGGCUUCUUCCAGCGGUGGCGGGGAAGGGAUGACGGUGGCGCUGGUUAUCUUGGGUGGGGUUUGCGUGGCGGGGAUGGUGGUCACGUAUUUGUUCACACCGGAGACGAUGGGGAGAUCGUUGGAGGAGAACGAGAGUGAGGAUGAUAUCAAUAAUGCUCCUUGUAUUCCAUCACAAUCGUCUGCCAUUGCUAAUUCUAACUAGUAUAAGUGUUUCUUGUAUACAUGUUUGGAGAGAGAUACGGAUAUGUCCUAAUCCUCUUCCUCUUUUCAUGAGAAGAUAGUUGAGUGAUUUUGUGUACAUCUAUAUAUACGGAGUAAUAGAAAAAGAGGCCAAGACAGUCUAAGGAUAACUUGUGAA